AUGGCAUCUCCAAAGCGCAGCCUUUCACCUGAAGGCGAGAAUCCAGAGACGAAGCGCUCCCGAACAGCUGAGCCCGAAAUCAAACCAUCUCCUACUGGCGAAGAUGCGAAAAUAGCCAGCAUAGCCCCAUCUACCAUAGACCCCGUGUCUCCAGCCAUGACGGAACAAACGUCAUAUGUAUUAGCUACACCCAGUCUUCACUCCCAAUCGAGACUUGCCCUCCAGCAAUCGAUAGCCAGGGUUCUCCAACAUGAUGGGUUCGAUUCUGCCACGCCAGAUUCUCUCGAGAGCUUCACGCAGCUUGUAGAAACUUACCUCGAAUCACUCAUCAACACAUCCAAAGAGCUAGCCUUGUCCUCACGACGCGAUCAUCCCACCCCAAUGGAUUUCGAAAUGACCCUCAAACGCUACAAUAUAUCCACAUCUUCCCUCAGACCACAUAUCAAACAUCCGAUGGUCAAACAAGACCUAAAUCCUACUUAUGACGAACUUAUCACGUUGGACGAUGGCCCCUAUACAACACUGCCUUUGCUUGAUGAAGAGUUAAGCGGAAAGCCCGAUCGCCACGAGCGAUCAUACAUUCCAAAGUCAUUUCCCGAGUUUCCGAGCAAACACACCUACAAGUUCACGCCGCAGGAUGAUAUCAACGUCCGCGACUCAAAGAAAAUCCGAGAGCAGGUGGCCAGGACAGCCCAGCAAGGAGAGGAGGCUUUGAGAGGGCUGGUUAGAGCAUCCAAAAUGCGAAAGCAGAAGGAAGUCAAGUCACUAGUGGAACGGGAUUGCUACGGAAAGGAGCGCUUUCGCCUUUGGGAAUCUACAAUGAGACGCUUUAUGACAGGCGAAGGCAAUGGAGAGCGUACGGAUCCCGGCGAAAUUGCGGACCACAGCAUGAUUGUCAACAGCGACUCAGCUUUCUCAAGAAAAGAUGUCACACGGCUAGGGAAGCGAUCCAAUCUGACGGCGAAGAAUACGGGCGUUCACUAA